AUGGCUCGAAGACGCAGAGCUGAUUCUGCUAGCAGCCAGCAGCAAGCAUCUAUGCCAGCCCAACGGCGUCGUUCCACCCUUCGAGAUUUACAAGCUUCGAAUGCCGAUGGAGAUGUCGUAGCCCCAAAGGUUAUUAAUGCUGCACCAUCAUUGGAAAAGGCGGAAAUGUAUGGAAUCAAUGAUAAAAGAUCUACGUCCUCAAAAUUGCUUGCAAUGGCGGGGCGCAUGUUUAUUGAAACAAUUCCGCAAUGGUUGGCUGUGGGUGCUAUGCUUGGGUUGAUUUUUGGAGGUUGUUGCUCAAAUGUUUUCGCUUUGGAAGCCAUUGUCAAAGUCGAGAAAGAUAGCGGAACUCUUAUGACAUUUGUUCAAUUCAUCUUUGUAGCUGUGACCAGCUACAUCUCCCAAUUCGAUCGAAGUCGACCCCCGCUCUUCCUUACACCAAAUCGUGUCCCUAUACGUCGAUGGAUUAUAAAUAUUGUUUUAUUCUUUACAAUCAAUGUCAUGAACAAUCAUGCAUUCGGCUAUAAUAUAUCAGUGCCUAUGCACAUCAUUUUACGAUCUGGAGGUAGUAUUACAACCUUGGCUGCGGGAUAUCUAUGGGGGAAGCGAUUCUCUAGGAUACAAAUUAUCGCCGUCAUUCUUUUGACAAUUGGAGUAGUUACAGCAGCUAUGUUCGAUGCGCAGUCUAAGGACGGAAAAGUAGACGCAGACAUACCCUCUUUCAACACAGGACUUGUCAUCCUCUUUAUUGCCCAAGUGCUCUCCGCAAUAAUGGGUCUUUACACGGAAGAAACCUACAAAGAAUACGGGCCCCACUGGAAAGAGAACCUCUUCUACUCGCAUAUUCUCGCACUGCCUCUUUUCGCUCCUUUCUUCCCCUCCAUGUAUCGCCAAUUCCUCAGGCUUGCCUCCUCCGCACCGCUCAGCCUUCCCUUCCUCGAUGUCCAAACGCUCCCCUCGGACCUCGUCUCCAAAUUCUCACAAAUUUAUCUACCAAGCCAACUCGUCUUUCUCGCUAUGAAUGUGCUCACACAAUAUGCAUGCAUACGCGGAGUUAACUUGCUUGCCGCUGCAUCUUCUGCACUUACGGUCACGAUUGUGUUGAACGUGAGGAAAUUAGCUAGUUUGUUAUUGAGUAUUUGGUUGUUUGGAAAUAGACUUAGUCCUGGGACCUUGGUGGGUGCGUUUUUGGUAUUUUUUGCAGGCGGAUUGUAUGGUUUAGAUGGAGGAAGAAAGAAGGGUUCGGGUAGACUUAGAAGUAGUACUAGUAACGGAAAGGUGGGCUAG